CUCCUGAACCGCCGCCUCCUCUCCUGAACCCUCUCUCAACCCCUUCCUUCUCUCCUACCCUGUAGUUUAUGUGCCAGGGUCUCUCUCCCCCUCUUCUCUGAACCCUGAUCUCUGACCCUUGAUCCCUCUGGAGGUCAGGAUGAGCUGGCUGAGCCGGCUGACCCCUCGAGGUCCGGGGGGCAGGUCCAGUAGGAACGUAGCACCCUCCAGUCCCUGUACUGCUGACCCAGAGACCUGCCUUAUGGUGUUCGAGAACCACUGGAGACAGGUGUCCUGGGUGCUGGAGCAGCAGGAUCCGUCAAGCUCUAGCGAUGACCUCACCGCGGUGCGGAACCACACCGACCAGAUGCUGUGCCUCCUGGCCGAGGAGCGACCGGGGGAGUGUGAGGGACCCCCCGGGGCGGUAACGUCCGGUAACGUCCCCCCCAUUGGCCCUAUCCUAGACCUGGUGGUGUCUGAGAACGUCCUGGAGCGUGUGGUGCAGUGGCACCUGAGGCGUGGCCUGGACCCCGACAGCCAGGGGGCGCUACUCAAGCUGUUCGAGAUGCUGAUAGGCCAGUCUCAGCAGCCCUUGCUCCAACACAAGGCGGUGCUGCAACCUCUACUGGGUCUUCUGGGGGCCUGUGCUGAGCCCCAGCUGGGCUGCCCUCCCUCUCUGGAGAACAGCCUAGUGUUGCUGCUCAACCAGAUCUGUGUGUCGAUGGCGCGUGCUCCUGCUGUGUUGGAGCUGUUGUUCAGGUCGGCCCCGGCCCAACACGGUCCUACCAACCUGCUCAUCUUCACUCUGCUGGUUCCCUUCAUCCACCGUGACGGGGCCAUCGGACAGCAGGCCCGCGACGCCCUCCUCCUCGUCAUGGCAACCUCGGCCAGCAACCAGGGCGUGGCACGCUACAUUGCAGAGAACUCCUACUUCUGCCCGGUGCUGGCCACGGGCCUCAGUGCUCUCUACUCCUCCCUGCCGAGGAAGAUAGAGGUACGGGGGGAUGACUGGCACGCUCUGCGCAGGGAGGACUGGAUGGGCGUGUCUUCUCUGGUGCUCUUCAUGAACUCUCUGGAGUUCUGUAACGCUGUCAUUCAGGUGGCUCACCCCCUGGUCCGCAGACAGCUGGUCGACUACGUCCACAACGGCUUCCUGGUCCCUGUCAUGGGACCCGCCCUACACAAGUCAUCUGUAGAUGAGAUGAUAGCCAGUACAACCUACCUGGACCUGUUCCUGCGCAGCGUCACGGAAACGUCUCUCCUUAAAGCCUUCCUGCGUUUUAUCCUCAUGCAUCGCCACGACAACGACACCAUCCUGGACACGUUGCUAACGCGCAUCAGCAGCAACUCGAGGCUGUGUAUGGUGUCUUUGAGCCUGUUUAGGACUCUGCUCUCUCUCAACUGUGAAGACCUCAUGUUGCAGCUCGUUCUCAGGUAUCUGCUGCCCUGUACCCAUGUGAUGUUGAGUCAGAGGCGUGCCAUCAGGGACACUGAUCUCUAUGGUAAAUCAGCUGACAAGUUCCUGUCCCUGAUCCCAGACUGCUGCCGUCUGAACACAGCGCCCUCUGCUGAGCGGGAGGAAGAACCUGCCCUUUGGGGGAAAGUCCUGAACAGCCCCAGCUCAGAGUCUCCAGUACACCACAAACCCAGCACUCCAUCCCGCUUGGCCCUCUUCAUGCGCCAGCAGAGCACUGGAGGAGGGCCCUGCACCCCCUCCCCCACCGAGACGGUCCCCUCGUCGCCCGGUUCCGGGCCCAACACCCCCCUGUCCCCAGAUAGCCCCAUGCACCCCGUCCCAGAGGGGCUGGACUGGGAGUCGGGGUACCUGGAGUACCUCAGGGACGCACGUAGGGGGGUAGAGCUGUGCUCCUGGGCCUGCCGAAACUGGUCAGCCCCCUACGACGGAGAGGACCCCUCACCCAACGCGGCCGCUCUACCGCCCCCUCCCCCCACCUCCAACCCCUCCCUGGCCAUGUUCCCAGAGCACUUCUCCUUCCAGCAAGGUGGUAGUACCUCCCCCGGCCAGCAGAGGGCAGCGGUGGUGGCAGCGGCGCGGUCAGAGUGGAGCAGUACAGAGAGGGACAGUGGAGAGUGGGACGUCACCAUCGGUGAGAACAGCUGUAUCAGCCUCACACCCCGCACCAAGAAACGCAGCCUGCAGAGAGAAGAUGUCCACCUCCCCAAACCUCUCCAUCUCCCUCCUGAUUCUGCCUCCCUCGCUGACCCCUCCACUGUUCCCCACCUCCGCUCCGCCCCCACCAAGGGCGCUCAGCAGGCCAUCAUCAAUGGGACGUUGUUGGGGGGGCAGGGGGACAGGUGUAGGGACAGCCAGGAUGGAGGGAUGGAGGUUAAGAAGGUGAAGAGGGAGUUUGGUGAGCAGCGGCACCCUGCUGGGGGGGACUCUAGUCAGAACGGGGAGGUGAGUGCCUGCCCUGCCCCUGCCCAGUCCUGCGGGUCCCUACAGGGCUUCUACAGUGAAGGGAAUGGGAGUGGGGCUGCGGAAAGCUCCAGAGGUCUUCCACCACACAAACCGAGUCACACCCAGACUCCGUCUGCUUCACUGCUCCCAGAACCCCGUACCAACUCCUCCAACGACAGGCUGACCCUCCGUGCUGCAGCAUCCAGCCCUGGAUCGGGACCUCCAGAGGCAAUGCUCUUUAACCAGUCAGAAGCAGUGGAGCGACUGAUCUCUGAGCUCCUGGAUGGGGCUGGGCCUGGGGAGGGGGGCCAGCAGGGGCCUGGGGACUCCAACGGCCAGGGCAUCAGCAUCGAGGCCUUCACCCAGGAACUCCGGGAGCUGGAGGACAGGGUGAGGGAGAGGAGCAAGGGGGUGGGGCUGCUCAGACAGCUGGAGGAGACCACCAGAGACCCCCACUCAGGGGAACCACCGCCCCCCUCUCCCCUGGACGCUGACCUGAUGGGGAGCGGGGUAGUGCCUGGAGUUGUGGGGGUGUUCAGGCCUCUAGGACAGGCAUCCACUCAGCCCUACACAGGUCCGUUCAUGGUGGUUCUGUUUGCCAAGCUGGAAAACAUGCUCCAGAACUCUCUGUAUGUAAACAUCCUGUUGACGGGUAUUCUGGGCCAGCUUGCCUGCUACCCUCAACCCCUGCUCCGAUCUUUCCUCCUCAACACCAACAUGGUGUUCCAGCCCAGUGUCAAGUCUCUCAUACAGGUCCUGGGCUCAGUGAAGAGCCGCAUCGAGACGUUUGCAGCGUCCCAUGAGGAUUUCCCUGCCAUGCUGAAGAAAGCCCAGCGCUACCUGGCAGCCAGGGGCAAGGUGGACUGGGCGGACUCACCCAUGGGGAUGCCCACACUGCGACGCUCUGAUUCUCUGGUGAAGAGCCGGAAACCCUCACUAGGCGACCUGAUCCUUCGCCACACCAACAGCCCCACGCGGGCACGCCACGCUGCCCAGCUCGCCCUGGCCCACGUACGUGACGGCGGCCAAUCGCUGCACAGUGCCCUGUUCCGGGGCGGGUCAGGGGCGUCGGGGCUGGAGAAGCAGGCAGAGGCUCUGAGGGUGAAGAACGCUGUCUACUGUGCCGUCAUCUUCUCUGAGUUCCUCAAGGAGCUGGCCGCUCUGGCCCAGGAGCACGCUGUCUCCAUGCCCUUCCUCCAGAGACACGACACUGAGGAGUGAUGCUGUCUGUCUCCACACCCUUCCUCCAGAGGCACGACACUGAGGAGUGAUGCUGUCUGUCUCCACGCCCUUCCUCCAGAGACACGACACUGAGGAGUGAUGCUGUCUGUCUCCAUGCCCUUCCUCCAGAGACACGACACUGAGGAGUGAUGCUGUCUGUCUCCACGCCCUUCCUCCAGAGACACGACACUGAGGAGUGAUGCUGAAGGUUUCAACCCUCCUCCCAGAAGAUUGAGAAGCAUUGGAUUGGUUGUUAGCGUAGUCUAGAGGGAGUUCCUUUCCACCGUUGUUAAAUCUAGUGUACGUGACGUCUGGGCCUGUAUCCACAAAGCGUCUAAAAGACAGACAGGAUAGGGCAGGUAGACUGACACAGACAGACAGACAGUGGUUUGGAUAAUAGCGCAGGUAGACUGAGACAGACAGACAGACAGGAUAGGACAGGUAUACUGACACAAGAGACAGUGGUUAGGAUAGGACAGGUAGACUGACAUGUGAGACAGUGGUUAGGAUAGGAUAGGUAGACUGACUCGUGAGACAGUGGUUAGGAUAGGAUAGGUAGACUGACUCGUGAGACAGUGGUUAGGAUAGGACAGGUAGACUGACUCGUGAGACAGUGGUUAGGAUAGGACAGGUAGACUGACUCGUGAGACAGUGGUUAGGAUAGGACAGGUAGACUGACUCGUGAGACAGUGGUUAGGAUUGGACAGGUAGACUGACACGUGAGACAGUAUUUAGGAUAGGACAGGUAGACUGACUGGGAACUGGCAUCAGUUUAGAAUUUUACAUCAUAACGAAUAAGAUUGUAUGAACAGAUCCUAGAUCCGGACUUCUUCUCUAGGACAAUGUGACCAUAUAUGAACAGAUCCUAGAUCGGCACUCCUUCUCUAGGACACUGUGACCAUAUAAGGACACAUCCUAGAUCGGCACUCCUUCUCUAGGACACUGUGACCAUAUAUGGACACAUCCUAGAUCGGCACUCCUCCUCUAGGACACUGUGACCAUAUAUGGACAGAUCCUAGAUCGGCACUCCUUCUCUAGGACACUGUGACCAUAUAUGGACAGAUCCUAGAUCGGCACUCCUUCUCUAGGACACUGUGACCAUAUAUGGACAGAUCCUAGAUCAGUACUCCUUCUCUAGGAUAUGGACAGAUCCUUUACUCCCUUCCACCUGCAGGGGGCAUAGUAGAGCACUGAUUGGGCUGAGAGCUACAGUGAAGAGACGAGGGGGAGGGGGACAGUUCAUUCGGACAAUGUGAAAUCAAGAAUGGAAAUGGAAUAUAUAUAUACACACACACACACUAAAUGUGAAUAGAUCUGUAGAUCUUGGAGAGUGGUCUGUAGUGUACAUACCAUAGCAGGGUGGUAGUGUAGCGCUGCACCACAUGUGUACAUAGUGCUGAGUCAGCUCUUUCCACUCUCCCCUCUAGUGAAUGAUGCUGAGUCAGCUCUUUCCACUCUCCCCUCUAGUGAAUGGUGCUGAGUCAGCUCUUUCCACUCUCCCCUCUAGUGAAUGAUGCUGAGUCAGCUCUUUCCACUCUCCCCUCUAGUGAAUGAUGCUGAGUCAGCUCUUUCCACUCUCCCCUCUAGUGAAUGAUGCUGAGUCAGCUCUUUCCACUCUCCCCUCUAGUGAAUAAUGCUGAGUCAGCUCUUUCCACUCUCCCCUCUAGUGAAUGGUGCUGAGUCAGCUCUUUCCACUCUCCCCUCUAGUGAAUGAUGCUGAGUCAGCUCUUUCCACUCUCCCCUCUAGUGAAUGAUGCUGAGUCAGCUCUUUCCACUCUCCCCUCUAGUGAAUGAUGCUGAGUCAGCUCUUUCCACUCUCCCCUCUAGUGAAUGGUGCUGAGUCAGCUCUUUCCACUCUCCCCUCUAGUGAAUGAUGCUGAGUCAGCUCUUUCCACUCUCCCCUCUAGUGAAUGAUGCUGAGUCAGCUCUUUCCACUCUCCCCUCUAGUGAAUGAUGCUGAGUCAGCUCUUUCCACUCUCCCCUCUAGUGAAUGAUGCUGAGUCAGCUCUUUCCACUCUCCCCUCUAGUGAAUGAUGCUGAGUCAGCUCUUUCCACUCUCCCCUCUAGUGAAUGGUGCCGAGUCAGCUCUUUCCACUCUCCCCUCUAGUGAAUGGUGCUGAGUCAGCUCUUUCCACUCUCCCCUCUAGUGAAUGAUGCUCAUCAGAUGUGUUAAAUCUUCCGUCUUUUUGAAAAUCUAACAACAACAACAAAAAAGACCCACAACCUUAAAUUUUCCCUGUUCCUGUUCGGUACGUAAUUUUUCAGAGCGCUGAAACUGGUUAAGCAAACUCUAGAUACUCAGCGUUGAUCGUCUCAACUGUAGAGGACACAACAGGAAGGGAUCUGACCAAUGGGCUCAGAGCAUCACCUCAGCUUGUGAGAUUUAACAGGGAGGGGGAGAGGAGGGGGUCUGGAAAGGGGAGGUGACGAGAAAGGUCC